AUGAUGACCGAGAACGAAGUGAAACUCUUCGGCGAGUUGAUGAGAAAGGCGAAGGAUAUUCGAAACAAAAUGGCGCAUCAUAACGCUCUAAAUGAGGACCAGUUGAACGAUCUCGAAAACGUCAAACAGAUUUUAAGCGACAUGCUAGAGUUCGCUAUCAGAAGUGUCGCCUCGGAUCGUGGAAUAAAUCAGGUCGCUUGGUCUCCGUAUCACCAUAUCUGUAAAGCUUAUAUGGAAGAAAAUAACCCGUCGGUGAUCAUGGUUCCGCUGAACAAAGACCCCUUGCUCUCCUUUCGUGAAACGGUCCUUCGUGAUCAUGAGAUACAACAGACACGGUUGCUUCCCAAACGUCCUAAGCGCAAGGCAACUGAAGAAAGCCGACAAAAGCAGAAAGAUGACUACGAAAUCGCCCUGAUCAGAAAACAGCAAAGGAAGGAGCAAGACAUCGCCUUGCGGUCCCGUCAUCGUAUUGAGAAGCUUCAAAAGUUAGAAAAAAGAUUCAAAACGUCACAAGAGCUGGGUUGCGCUCGGAUAAAAGAUAUCGAAAUGCAGAUGAGAGAAGAGCAAGAGAUAUUCCGUCGGCGGCGAGCUGAGAUUCUCAAAGACAAAAUCUCCGAAACAGAAACCGAUGUCGACCACCUAGGCACAAUCCUUAUUACAAUCAGCUCCCCCCUCUGGAUUUCGGCUAUGCUCAUCUACAAUCUAUAUACCCGAACUUGUGGUCGUUCGAGCAACGCAUGA